UCCAGAUGUCAAAAAAACGACAUAAAAUCCGCAGUUGUCAUUGUCACUUCGGCGAUUGUCUCUCCUCAUUACAACUAAUAAUCGAAUAAUUCAUUAACAAAGAAUAAAAAGCCUACAAUGUAAAUAAUUGCCUUUUCCGCUGUUGGCAACUCUCUUUGUUACUUAAUCUAAUUCCGAGGGGGAGGGGAUCUUUUGCAAAAGUAAAUAUUUCUUAGAGGUUAGGUUCUUGCUGCUCCUUUGUUCGCGACAGCGCCUGAGCCGCAGGAAGCUGAGGGACAUUGGAGAUAGAAAAACAACUCCCCGACGUCAGAGUGAGCAUUAACUAAUUUUCAUCAGCAUUUCACUGCGUGUGAGAGUUGGAUAAGUGCAGCGAUGGCUAAAACAUCGAAGGAAGAGCCGACGAUUGCCCAGAGGAUGUGGGAGAUGUCAAACGAUGUGGAGACGAUAUCAUCGGUGGACGAAAUAUACAGAUACGAUCAGCAGGAGCAGCAGAGCAUCCUGACUGCCAAACCAUGGGAGAAAGAUCCCCACUUCUUCAAGGACAUCAAAAUCUCAGCCCUCGCCCUUUUGAAGAUGGUGAUGCACGCACGUUCUGGUGGCACUCUGGAGAUAAUGGGUCUUCUCCUGGGGAAGGUCACAGCUAACACGAUGAUCGUGAUGGAUUCAUUCGCUCUACCUGUCGAGGGAACUGAGACUCGUGUCAAUGCUCAUGAGCAGGCAUACGAGUACAUGGCUGCUUAUAUAGAAGCUGCCAAGCAAGUUGGUAGACAAGAGAACGCCAUUGGCUGGUAUCACAGUCAUCCUGGCUACGGCUGCUGGCUGUCAGGAAUUGAUGUCUCCACCCAGACCAACAAUCAGACUUUCCAGGAUCCCUUUGUUGCCAUUGUCAUCGAUCCUGUGAGGACCAUUUCAGCAGGGAAAGUUUGUCUUGGGGCAUUCAGAACUUAUCCAAAGGGCUACAAACCAGCGAAUGAGGAGCCCUCAGAAUACCAAACAAUUCCCCUAAACAAAAUCGAGGACUUUGGAGUCCACUGCAAGCAAUAUUACCCCCUGGAAGUCUCAUACUUCAAGUCGGCCCUGGAUAAACGCAUACUGGAAUCCCUCUGGAACAAGUACUGGGUGAACACUCUGAGCUCGUCAAGUCUCCUGACGAACGCAGACUACACUACUGGGCAAAUCUUCGAUUUGGCUGACAAACUUGAGCAAUCGGAGUCUGUUGUGGCACGCAGUGGUCACGGUUUUCUAUUCGCUACUGAGUCACAGGAUACCAAGACCGAGGACAAACUCACGAAGGCCACCAGGGACAGCUGUAAAACAACUAUCGAAGUCAUCCAGGGACUGAUGACGCAGAUUAUCAAAGACAAGCUCUUCAAUCAGAUUGGAUCCAUUCGAAUGGAGACUUAAUCAUUAUUUUUUCUUUAAUUUUCGUGUGAAAACAGAAUGAACAUGAGUAGGACGCAGUGUCUCGUCGUUUUUUCAUGGAAACUGUUGCUAAGGACUUAAAUUUCAAUAAAGAUGUGAAUGUUCUUAAA